GUCCUCCUCUUCCUCCUCCUCCGCCGCCGCCGCCGCCUUCCGCCCCCCGCGCUCCCGGGGCCGCGCUCCCGGGGCCGCGAUGCCGGAGAAGCGUCCGUUCGAGCGGCUGCCGGCCGACGUGUCCCCCGUCAACUACGGCCUCUGCCUCAAGCCCGACCUGCUCGACUUCACCUUCGAGGGAAAGCUGGAGGCCGCCGCCCAGGUGCGGCAGGCCACCAACCAGAUCGUGAUGAACUGCGCCGACAUUGACAUCAUCACGGCCUCCUACGUGCCGGACGGCGACGAAGAGAUCCAAGCCACAGGGUUCAACUACCAGAACGAAGAUGAGAAAGUCACGCUGUCUUUCCCCAGCAUGCUCCAAAAAGGCAGCGGCACCCUGAAGAUCGAUUUUGUCGGCGAGCUGAACGAUAAGAUGAAAGGUUUCUACAGGAGCAAAUACACCACCCCGUCCGGAGAGGUGCGCUACGCUGCUGUCACUCAGUUUGAGGCCACGGACGCUCGGAGGGCUUUCCCCUGCUGGGACGAACCUGCUCUGAAGGCGACUUUCGACAUUUCUCUGGUGGUCCCUAAGGACAGAGUGGCUCUAUCCAACAUGAACGUCAUCGACCGGAAGCCGUACCCCGACGACGAGAACCUGGUGGAAGUGAAGUUUGCCCGCACCCCUGUGAUGUCGACGUACCUGGUGGCGUUUGUCGUCGGGGAGUACGACUUUGUGGAGAGCAAGUCGUCUGACGGGGUGUGCGUGCGUGUCUACACGCCCGUGGGCAAAGCCGAGCAAGGAAAAUUUGCAUUGGAGGUGGCCGCUAAGACCCUGCCUUUCUACAAAGACUAUUUCAACGUCCCUUACCCCCUGCCGAAAAUCGAUCUCAUCGCCAUCGCCGACUUUGCAGCUGGUGCCAUGGAGAACUGGGGCUUGGUGACUUACAGGGAGACCGCCCUGCUCAUCGACACCAAAAACUCAUGUUCUUCAUCCCGCCAGUGGGUCGCUCUGGUUGUGGGACAUGAACUUGCCCAUCAAUGGUUUGGAAAUCUUGUUACUAUGGAGUGGUGGACUCACCUGUGGCUGAAUGAAGGUUUCGCCUCCUGGAUCGAAUACCUGUGCGUUGACCACUGUUUCCCCGAGUACGACAUCUGGACGCAGUUUGUCUCCGCCGACUACACCAAAGCCCUGGAGCUUGAUGCCUUGGACAACAGCCACCCUAUCGAGGUCAGCGUGGGACAUCCCGCCGAAGUCGACGAGAUCUUUGACGUGAUCUCAUAUAGCAAAGGCGCCUCGGUCAUCCGGAUGCUCCACGACUACAUCGGGGAUGAGGACUUUAGGAAAGGAAUGAAUCUGUACUUAACCAAGUUCCAGCAGCAGAAUGCAGCCACAGAGGAUCUCUGGGAGCACCUGGAAAAGGCCAGCGGGAAGCCCAUAGGAGCCGUGAUGAGUACCUGGACCAAGCAGAUGGGUUUCCCUCUCAUUUAUGUGGAAGCAGAGCAGCAAGAUGACGACCGAGUGCUGAAGCUGUCCCAGAGGAAGUUCUGCGCCAGUGGACCGUUCCUGGGGGAGGAGUGUCCUCAGUGGAUGGUUCCAGUGACAAUCUGCACAAGCGACGACCCCACCUGUGCCAAGGAGAAGCUGCUGAUGGACCGCUCGGAGAUGUCCGUCACCUUGAGGAAUAUCAGACCGGACCAGUGGGUGAAGGUCAACAUGGGAACGGUCGGCUUUUAUCGCACACAAUACAGUGCUGCCAUGUUGGAGAACUUACUGCCCGGGAUCCGGGACCUCUCCCUGCCGCCCGUGGAUCGUCUCAGCCUGCAGAACGACUUCUUCGCUUUGGCCCGCGCCGGAGUCGUCAGCACCGUGGACGUCCUGAAAGUCAUGGAGGCCUUCGUGAACGAACCCAACUACACGGUGUGGAGCGACCUGAGCUGCAACCUGGGGACCCUGUCCACCCUCCUGUCCCACACCGACUUCUACGACGAAAUGCAGCUGUUUGUCAGGGAGAUCUUCACCCCCAUCGGCGAGAAGCUGGGCUGGGACCCCAAACCCGGAGAAGGCCACCUGGACGCCCUCCUGAGGGGCCUGGUGCUGGGCAGGCUGGGGAAAGCCGGACACAAGGCCACGGUGGAAGAAGCUCGCCGUCGCUUCAAGGACCACGUGGACGGGAAGCAGCCGCUGUCCGCCGACCUGCGGAGUCCCGUGUACGUGACGGUCCUGAAGCACGGGGAUGGCACCACCCUGGACACGGUACUGAAGCUGCACAAGCAGGCGGACAUGCAGGAAGAGAAGAACCGCAUCGAGCGGGUCCUCGGGGCCCUGGGCUCGCCAGAACUCAUCCAGAAAGUUCUCGCCUUUUCCCUCUCGGAUGAAGUCCGUCCGCAGGACACGGUGGCCAUCAUCGGCGGUGUGGCGGGGGGCAGCAAGCACGGGAUGAAAGCCGCCUGGAAGUUCGUCAAGGACAAGUGGGAGGAGCUGUAUAACCGCUACCAAGGAGGCUUCUUAAUAACCCGACUAAUAAAGCUCACCAUCGAAGGGUUCGCCGUCGACAAAGUGGCCGCCGAGGUUAAGGCCUUCUUUGAGACGCACCCGGCCCCGGUCGCCGAGCGCACCAUCCAGCAGUGCUGCGAAAACAUCCUGCUCAACGCCGCCUGGCUCAAGCGGGACGCCGAGAGCAUCCACCAGUACCUGCUGCAGCGCCGGGCCCCGCCCCUUCCCGCCCUGUGAGCCCCCCAACCCCCC